AUAAUCUUCAUAAUAUUGAUAGUGUUGCGCCGGUUCAAAUUAACACAUGUAAUUCUUCAUACUUUCGAUUAGUCAUGCCUAAAUUAUGUACUUAACAGGAUACGAACGAACGGAUAUGAAUGAAUUAAUUUCGCCCUUAAAUUCCAUAAAAUUUGAAAGAUAAGAUAAUAUUUUGCUUUUAAUAAGAAGGCAUAUAUCUAAUAUAGUGACAAUCACCUCUGAUUAGCCAAAGCUAGUGUUGUUUAUCAGAGCCGGUUGAGAAAUACGACGGUCGCGUGUAAACGACGCGCACUCAGUCAUCUGCGCGGUCGCUUCCAAGCACGUGCGCCGUGAUACUAUAAGUGUGACCAGUGUGCCCGACCCUCGCACCAUGGACGUGAACCAGCAGCAACAGAAUGCAACCGAUAACACCACAGUAAUCGUGGAGAACGGCGAAGAAAUUAUUAAAGUCAAUACAAUGCAGGUGCCCAACGGAAUUAGCCACGGAAAACAUUUGAAUGGGCCGGACCAAGUAAUACCAGCCGACAGUUUCAUUUGUUCUGUACCUGGAGGGCAUGUGAAACUGCACGUGCAGGCCCGAGGAGUGGCUUCCGAACCCCCAAUCUCAGUGCCCGGCCUACUCAACCGGACGGUAGCGAGGUACCCCGACGCCACAGCACUCGCUACGAAAAAAGCAGACGGCAAAUGGCACAAAAUCACUUACAAGCAAUACCAAGAGCGUGUGCGAACUGUGGCGAAAGCUUUCAUAAAGUUAGGCCUAGAGCGAUACCACUCUGUGUGUAUUCUCGGCUUUAACUCGGAGCAAUGGUUCGUCGCCGACUUAGCAGCCAUACACGCUGGUGGUUAUGCAGCGGGUAUCUACACAACAAACUCGGCGGACGCUUGCUACCACUGCCUGUUGUCGUCUCGCGCCAACAUCUGUGCCGUGCAGGAUAAGAAGCAGCUCGACAAAAUUCUGUCCGUCCGACACAAACUGCCGCACUUGAAGGCCCUCAUACAAUGGGAGGGCAAUGUUGACACCUCCGUACCUGGUGUCUAUAGUUGGGACCAGGUUCUAGAAAUGGGUGCCAAGGAGCCCAAUACACAAUUAGACAAUGUUUUAAAAACGAUUGCUGUGAAUGAGUGCUGUACAUUAGUGUAUACGUCAGGAACAGUGGGUCCCCCGAAAGCCGUGAUGUUGUCCCACGACAACCUGACAUGGGACGCAUACUCUAUCACCGAACGAGUAGGAGAUCUGCAGCCAACAUACGACCGCAUCAUCUCCUUCUUACCGUUGAGUCACGUCGCUGCACAGGUGGUAGACAUCUACACAACAUUGUCAAACGCGAUCCCUGUGUUCUUCGCGCAACCGGACGCGCUUAAAGGCAGCUUGGUUGAAACACUCAAGGAAGUUCGACCGACAAGAUUCUUGGGCGUACCUCGAGUAUGGGAGAAAAUGUAUGAAAAGAUAAUGGCCGUUGGAGCAUCCAGCGGUUAUUUCAAGAAGCAAAUUGCUAUGUGUGCUAAGGAGAAAGGUCUUAAGUACCAUCUUGCCAGGAUUAAUGGGGUGGACGGUUCGGCUUUUGGAUACAAAAUGGCAAAGUCGUUGGUGUUCAACAAAAUACACGAGUCUCUUGGUUUAGACCACUGCACGACGUUCGUGACCUCAGCAGCGCCACUAUCACCUGACAUCAAGAAGUUCUUCCUCUCACUUGACUUACCUAUUGUUGAUGCCUUCGGAAUGAGCGAAGCUUCUGGGGCGCACACGCUUAGUAUAUAUCCCAAAUUCUCAUUAGAUUCAGCUGGUGCACUCCUAGAUGGCACAGAAACAAUGUUCGGAGGCGCGACCAGUCCGAACGGUCCUGGUGAAAUCAUGAUGCGUGGUCGCCAUGUAUUCAUGGGAUACCUGAAUGACGAAGCUAAGACUAAAGAAGCUAUCGACGAAGAAGGUUGGCUGCAUUCUGGAGAUAUUGGCAGAGUUGAUAGCAAUGGCCUUCUGUACAUUACUGGAAGAAUAAAGGAAUUGUUGAUCACGGCGGGUGGUGAGAACGUGGCCCCAGUGUUGAUUGAGCAAGCUGUACAAGCCGAGUUACUGCACAUCGGCUACGCAGUGCUCAUCGGUGACCGACGCAAAUUCCUCUCUAUACUAGUUACUCUAAAGGCUAAAGUGAACUCUGAAACCAGUGAAGCCCUCGACGACUUAGAUAAUGAAACAAGGAAAUGGGUUGCCAGCCUCGGCAGCAAAGCUACUAAGAUUAGUGAAAUUGUUAACACUAAGGACCCUGCUGUCCAUAAAGCAAUUGAAGAAGGUAUAGCUCGCGCCAACAAGCAUGCAAUUUCCAACGCUCAGAAGAUCCAAAAAUUCGCCAUCCUUCCAGCAGACUUCUCAGUACACAGUGGAGAAUUAGGACCAACGCUGAAGGUGAAGAGAAACGUAGUCUAUGAGAAGUACAAAGACAUCAUAGAAGACUUUUAUAAGGAAUAAACAGUAGGAUUAGAGUUAAGGAGAGGGACAACGUAAUAAAUAAUUGUUAACUUAAUUUGUUAUUGCUCAACUAGGGACUAGCGCAUCGGAAUCAAUGUGAUUGAUAGUACUUUACGUAAAGGUGUAAAUAGGUUAUAUUUUUGUUACAAAAAAAUAUAUUUUAUAAAAUCU